GAUUGCUCCUUGAAGGGAGAUAAACUACUAGAAAGGCAUAGUUAGAUUGCAGCUGAGAAACAAUUAUUUGGAAAAAGUGUGACAGAUUAUGACUUCUUAUCUCAUGAUCCUCGUAAAUCAAGGGAGGAGCUUGAGAAACUUCAAGUUGAACAAUCUGGGUGUGUGAUUAGAUCACCUGUUGUGUUGUUUCAUGUGCUUCUUUGUUUUCUUUUCCAUGACAAUGAAAUAGUAUGAUUCAACACCUAAUUGAUGUUUGGUUUUGCAUUUUUUUUAAAGAAGAAGGUUAAUGGACAUGCAUCUCAGUUAACCUGAUUGAUUGCUUUCAUCCUUGAGAAGAGGGUCAACAAAAAAGUUAUGGCAAUGUUCGAGAAAGCUGAAGAUGAAUACAAUGACUUAUUAUCCAAGAAAAACAUCAUUGAGAAUGAUAAGUCAAAAAUGAAGAAGGUGAAUGAAGAGCUUGAUGAAAAGAAGAAGAAAAUACUAAAAGUUACUUGGGUUAAAGUGAACAAGAACCAGUAUCCAAGCAACAUCGAGGAAUUGGCUUUGUCACAUAUGAAAACUCAGGCUGACAAGCUAAAUAAGUCAUUGGAGAAUGAAAUUCAUUUUCUCAAGGGAAGGGUUUUAGAACUUGAAAGUGAUCUUGUGUCAAAGUCCACAGAAGUUACAUCUGCAGUUUCAGGGAAAGAAGAAGCUCUAUCUUCUGCAUUUACUGAAAUUGACCGUCUGAAGGAAGAAAAUUUUGUAAAAACGUGAGCAUUAUUACAUUAUAUGGAGGGUGUUUACUGUGUUGGAGUGUAUUUGUUUCUUGCACAUGAGGGCACGCCUUAAUUGUAAUUCUUAUGAUAGGUUGAGCAAAGUGAAGUAUUGCUUAUUUAGAAAUGUGAAUGUAGGAUGCAUUGUAUAAUUUGAUUGCUAUUUGUAAUAAAUGCAUCAUGUUUUUUCCU